CGUGAGAGUACGCUCGUGCUCCAGGGUCCUGCUUGUGUGAGAUGAUCACCUUAUAAUGCGGCACAAAAUCUUUUUGCUCGACUAGAUCCAACUCAUCCCAUUCUCCAUCUACCCCUCCCCCUCCUCCUCCUCCGCCACCAUGUCUUUCCCCACCACCCCAUCCGAAGACAAGAAGGAUGGCCUCGCCUCGUCCUCCCCUGAGGUCCACGAGCGCCAGAUCCUUGGGUACGUCGAUGAGGCCGACUCAGUCGAUGACGCGACCGUCGCAUUCGCCAACCUCGUCGACGAGGAAAAGGACCACGACAUCAAGCUGCGCACCAUGGGCUGGAAGAAGGCGGCCAUUCUCCUCUUCGGCGAGCAGGUCUGCUUGGCCAUCAUGGCGCAGAGUUGGUCCUUCAGCGUGCUGGGCUGGGGUCCCGCCAUGGUCACCACGAUCCUGUCCGGCGUAUUCUUCUGGAUCACGUCCUACACGAUGUGGCGAUUCAUCAUGAAGCACCCGCAUUGUCGGGACAUCUGCGAUAUUGGAUACCUCCUGUUCGGCAAGUCUCGCAUUGCAUACGAGCUUUCAGGCUUGAUGCUGGUCUGCAACAACGUCCUGCUCAUCGGAUUCCACGUCCUCACGGCAGCCAAGAUCUUCAACACUCUCACCGACCACUCUCUCUGCACCGUCUCCUUCUCCGUCAUCGGAACCGUCAUCGGCAUCGUCUUCUCGCUGCCUCGCACGCUUAACCACGUCUCAAUGAUGAGCGUGGUCUCCGCGAUAGCCAUGGCAAUCGCAAUCCUCCUCUUCCUCAUCUUCGCGGGCAUCGAGUCCAACCCGGCGCUUGGCUACGGAGGCGAGUGGCCUACUCUGGGCCCGGUCAAGACGUACGGUCUGCCCAAGGCGGGUACCACCUUCGUCGAGAUCAUGGUCGCAGUCCUCAACAUCACCUUCCUCUGGGUGCCUCAACUGCUCUUCCCUUCCUUCAUUGCAGAGAUGAAGCGCCCCCAGGACUUCCCCAAGGCCUUGUCUGCGCUUGCGAUUGCCUCCUUCGUCCUUUUCAUCGUGCCUGCGGCCAUCGGCUUCGCCUUGCUCGGACAGUACUCGACCGCUCCUGCGUUUGGCUCGCUCCAAGAGACGUACAAGAAGGCCAGCUUUGCCUUCGCCAUCGUGCCCACCAUCAUCAUUGGCGUCAUCUACUCGAACGUUACGGCCAAGUACAUUUACCGUAGGAUUAUGGGCAACUCGCCUCACCAACACCGCAACACCGUCAAGGGUUGGGCUCCUUGGGUCCUCCUCGACGUCGCAAUUUGGGGCAUCUCCUUCAUCUUUGCCUCUAUCAUCCCCAGCAUGGGCGACUUCCUCGGCCUGAUCGGAGCCCUCUUCGACUCCUUCUUCGGCUUCAUCUUCUGGGGAGUAGCCUACUACCACCUGCACAAGGGCAACUACUUCAACGGCCCGCUCCGCUCCGCGAACACCGUCUUCCACGUUCUCACCAUCGCCGUUGGCUUGUUCCUCCUCGGUCCGGGUCUCUAUGCGUCCGUCGAGGCCAUCAAGCUCGACUAUUCUGGGGCCACUCGUCCCGCCUUCUCGUGCAACAACCUCGCUCUCUGAUUCGCGAUUCGUUCCUGUUCCUCGGCCUCGUGUCACGGUAAUGUCCUCGCCUUUCCUGUCUCGCCCUCGUCAUCGGAAUUGAAUCAGGUACUAGCUGCCACUAUGCUCUGUG